AUAAGGAAACCGAGUGAGAAGGGAAUGCAACAGAAGAAAAAGACCAAAGACCUGGGUUUCAGGGCUGGGAAAGAAAGCAAGACAGAAUGGAGGAAAUGAGGCCUGCAGGACAUGGCAUCUCAAAUGUUUGCAUCACCUUUACAGUAGCCUGUCACAGCUGCCUUCCACGACUCUUCAAUGCCCUCAUCCCUUCUCCAGAUAGAAAUGGAGCAGCUCUUCUUGGAGGCCAGGCUUCAGCUGAUAGCAAGUCUGAGGCCAGGAGGAACCAGUGUGACUCCAUGCUGCUCAGAAACCAACAGCUGUGCUCCACAUGUCAAGAAAUGAAAAUGGUACAACCAAGAACAAUGAAAAUCCCAGAUGAUCCAAAAGCAUCCUUUGAGAAUUGUAUGAGUUAUAGAAUGAGUCUUCAUCAACCCAAAUUCCAGACUACACCUGAGCCUUUCCAUGAUGACAUCCCAACAGAAAGCAUUCACUACAGACUGCCCAUUCUGGGCUCCAGGACAUCUGUCUUCCACGGAUUACUGACAGAGGCCUACAAAACUCUAAAAGAGAGACAACGUUCUUCCUUGACCAGAAAGGAACCAAUAGGCAAGACAAUGAGGCACUGAGCGGUAGGAGCUCAUCACCUCCCAGACUCUCAGAGAGAAAAUAACCUUGCCAAGCCUAUCUUUGACACUGGCACCUUCUCCUCACAAUUUUCUCUCCUCUCCCAAAAGAUGAUUUAAUUUUGCCUUCCUAAGAUUGCUGGUAUUCUAGCUCUUACCUCUAUCUUCUUUCUCACGUCUCCUAAAGACAAAAUGGUUUAAUUUACAUGAUUAUAAAGAUCUGUUGAUGAAAAUGGAA